UUUUGUGGGAAAGGCGGCGGCGGCGGAGGGAGAUGCGGGUGUUGUGCUUCGGUCUCUGAGGCUCAGUCCCGAUCGUGAGGCGAGAGGGGAAGGACCGGACGGCGGCGGCGGCGGCGCUGAACAACCGCUUUAAAACCACAAUAAACAGCCUCCAGACAAAAACCCUCCCGACACGGCAGCGAUGGACGAAGAGUAUGAUGUGAUUGUCCUGGGCACCGGGCUGAAGGAAUGUAUCCUGUCUGGCAUCAUGUCCGUGAAUGGGAAAAAGGUGCUGCAUAUGGACCGGAAUUCAUACUAUGGAGGAGAAAGUGCCUCCAUAACGCCUUUGGAAGAUCUGUUCAAAAGGUUCAAGUUUGCUGAGGGGCCGCCUGAGACUAUGGGACGAGGCAGGGAAUGGAAUGUGGACCUCAUCCCUAAAUUCCUUAUGGCCAAUGGUCAGUUGGUUAAGAUGCUGCUGUACACAGAAGUCACUCGUUACCUCGACUUCAAGGUGGUUGAAGGAAGUUAUGUGUAUAAAGCUGGGAAGAUCCACAAAGUCCCAUCAACAGAGACUGAAGCACUCGCUUCUGACCUGAUGGGCAUGUUUGAAAAACGACGCUUCCGGAAGUUUUUAGUCUUUGUCGUGAGCUUCGAUGAACACGAACCAAAAACUCACCAAGGCAUCGAGCCCAGAAAGACCACCAUGCGGGAGGUCUAUAAGAAGUUUGACCUGGGACAAGACAUCAUCGACUUCACUGGCCACGCUCUGGCACUCUACAGAACUGACGAUUAUCUGGACCAACCUUGCCUGGACGCCAUCAAUCGAAUUAAACUGUACAGCGAGUCUCUCGCUCGGUACAGCAAGAGUCCUUACCUCUACCCACUGUAUGGGCUCGGAGAGCUGCCACAAGGCUUUGCCAGAUUGAGUGCUAUCUAUGGAGGCACCUAUAUGCUCAAUAAACCAGUGGAUGAAAUUGUGUUUGAAAAGGGACGCGUAGUGGGUGUGAAGUCAGAAGGAGAGAUUGCACGUUGCAAGCAGCUGAUCUGUGAUCCAAGCUAUGCUCCCAAACUGGUGAAGAAAGUGGGGAAGGUGAUCCGGGUGAUCUGCGUACUCAGCCACCCCAUCCGAAGCACGAACGAGUGCAACUCCUGUCAGAUCAUCAUCCCACAGACCCAGGUCAAUAGGAAGUCAGACAUCUAUGUGUGCAUGAUGUCGUACGCACACAACGUAGCGGCGGAGGGCAAGUACAUUGCCAUCGUCAGCACCACGGUGGAAACCAGCAACCCCCAGAAGGAGAUCCAGCCAGCGCUCGACCUCCUGGAGCCCAUCGAUAAAUCGUUUGUGUCGAUCAGUGACUUAUACCAGCCCACAGAUGAAGGACGAGCGAGUCAGAUCUUCAUCUCCCGCUCCUACGACGCCACCACUCACUUUGAGACGACUUGCGACGACAUAAAGAACAUUUACAAGCGGAUGACAGGCACAGACUUUGACUUCGAGAACAUGAAGCGCAAACAGAAUGAUGUCUUUGGCGACGACGCAUAGUUCCGACCCACCCUGAUCGUAGCCCAGUUCUUUUGCAGCGCUUUCACAUGAGAUAAUUGACCGAGCUCUCAGUCGGGAGCCCUGGAAACGUUACACACUGCGUGCGUGUACUACUCUCUUCUCACCCACCUACCCCUCUCUUGAUUUGUUCAAAUAUUAUGUUUUUUUUUGUUAAGAAAAACAAAAUGCUAAUUUGCAAUAUUUCUUAACAGAAUUCUGACAUAAGGAAGCUCAUCAGAAUUCCCGUCGAUGCCUAUCCGGAAGCAGAUGCUGUUGUAACGGCUCAGGGCGACAUUCUUCCUGUCACAGGAGGAUUUCGGGCCCUGUCUGUGUGGGCAACUCUUAGGAAGAAAACCCAUUAAGAAAUGCCGCGAAUUAGUCCCUGCCUGAUAUUGGCAAAUCUGAGUCUGUUAUAACUGGUCUGCGGCCUGUUAUACACAGGCUGAGUAACGUAGGGAAAAGAUUCCUUUUGACACAUUUCCAAAUCUUAUUGAGAAGCCAGCAGAGACUUGGCUGUGAAAUCUUGGUCGGAGUCAACUCGACCCUGGCACACUCCAAUGAAUCUCGGUCAAUUUUAUUUUGCCCGUUGGGAAAUAGAAGCCAGAAUAGUUCGUCCCAAGGUCAAGUGCUCAAACCACUGAGCUGUCAGAUGCUCUUCCAAAUCCCCAAGGGUUCAUUUCUAAACACAAGCAGUUGCUAGGAACCACUUGAACAGGUAGCAUUACCACCAAGACUCUGCCCUAUAAGAUGUUCUAAUGAACCAAGAAUCCUACACGAUUUUUUUGUUUUUAAAACGGAAUCUCUUUGUGCUAUACGGUGACGCAAUUGCAGGCUAACGUUUCUCAUGUGAAUGGGCAAGUCAUUCUCUUUCAAUUUAAGCAGCUGAACUGAAGGUAACCUGUGAAUUGAUCUCUUUAACUGGAUUGUAGUCAGUGCUGUGUAUUGAUAACGACUCUUUAGUUCAUUUUACAUACACAACUCUUGUGUGACUGGGGUCUUUGGCUGGAUUUAGGGGUGAUCAACACUGGGCUCUAGUUUGCACUUUCUUUAAAAGGUUCCUCUUUAAGGUUAGUGUUUCUCCAUAGAAUAAAAGUAGACAGGCACCCAGCGAUUACCCCGAAGCAGUUUUAAUCAUGAAUCCAGGACAGUUGAGGCAGCAGAGCACAGUUCUGCUAUCUGUGUCUUUCUCACACACAUGCGUACACGCUUCCACAGUCACUCAAUCUGUUCACUCCUUCCCCAUAAUUUCUGAUGAAUAAGGUUAAAGCAAUCCAUUUAAAGUUGUUUCCUGCUCAGCUCACUCAUGUUCAGGUUGCUUUUGUGGACAUUCCUUUAUUGUGUAUGGACCAAAUGAAUGAUUUUUUUAAAAUUUUUUUAAAAAGUCAUGAACUGUUGAGUCAACCACCAAAGAAAAUUGUGCUGUGAGCAGCUGCGUUAGUUCCUUGCCUCAGCACCACAGGUUAGGGAGGGAACAGUUGCCACAGUUCCUAAUAGUCGGGUAGACAUGGAGUGAAGACCAGACCACAUUUGGCUGAGAUGUGGUUGGAAAGCCAGCCCGCAUCUCAAUGUCAAGGUCAACCCUUUCUGUCCAGGACCACGUUUCUCCUAUUCCUAAAGAGCGCUCUGGGAAGAUUCACCAUAAUCUACCUUGCCGACUCAAGAUAGGUUCUGCUGCAGAGACUCUUAACCCUGGCGUCUAUGCUCAAUAUUACCCUGAUCCUACCUUGAAAGACAAGUAGUUUAUCCUCUUCCUUUCUUCUCUAGACAACCAUUAAAUCAAAUCGGUAUCUCAAUUGUAGUUGACCACUUUGUGUUUUGUUUAUGUAAUGUGUUUUUUGGACCAUUGUGUGUUGAUACUCAUGACUUUAUCACAGAAUAUUGCUUGUUCCUGAGGUCUGAUUUCCUCGGCAUGAUCAAUAUAUUGCUUUCUCUGGGGGCAGGGGAGGCAGAUGGUCUCUUAUCCCAUUGCUGUAAAUGGUAAAACUUUAUAAUAGGAAAGGAAAUACUGCUAUUUUUUAGAGAUUGGCGUAUGACAGACAUUUUCUCCCUCCCCCUCAUCCCUCCACAUUUACUUCAUUGCGAUCGACAGCUUUAAACCAUAAUGUAAUAAAGUGAAAGGCAGGCACUAAGUGUUAGCCCCCUUAUUUUACAAUGGAAUGGGACUUUAUGAGUGGCAGCCAGGCUUUUAACAAGCACUGGGCCUGAAACUCCACCUCGUUUUCGCGUUUGCGACCAUUUUUGACGUUGAAUUGUGGGGUAAACCUUUCAGUUGCGUUUCCGUUCUGCAGCCUGGCUUUCCCCUCGGUUCCCAAAAAUAAAACCGGCUUCUGGGUGAAGCUACCCCGGUCUGAGUGAUUAAAAAUUUAAUUUUCCGCACUGGGAAACUGCUGAGCGGAACAGACACGAGUGGAACUAAUGUCUUUGUGUGCCCUGAGCCUGGCUGAUACUUUCAUUUUGUCCUUGGAAGGGAAUUCAAGACUGAACCUGGGACCUGAUGGUCGGCAGGUUUGAAGGGGAGGUGGAUGUCCACGCACCUCUCAAGGUGUUUAGUGGCUGAAUGUAUUUCCGUUAGAAUGUUUUGACUUCAAGAAACAAAACCAGGGAAAGUUUAUCCCAUUGUGUUGUAGACACCAAAAAAGCCAAGCUGAACGACGAUUUCACAGACACGCUUUAUAUUAAAAAAAAGCACGCAGCAGCUGCUGCGUUUAUUGUGUAUUCCGUAACUCCACUCACUGUGGCGUAAAACUAAAUGCCAAACCUUUAGACGGCUUGUGUGUUGCUGUGUGCUCUUAACACUAUCCCUGUGUUGUGGAAAAGUCUGACGGUGUCCCUGGCAUAUGCGCUUGUGCUCUGUGCUGGAUUAUCAAAUAAAAAGUAUAUUUAAAACUAA